AUGGACACUUUGGUUUUUGACACUUUCAAAUACACAACGAGGAUUAUCGAUUUUUCUGGAAAUCUUGCCUCAAGAAGCGCCACGCCUACUUUUAUCUUCGCCCGCGAUCCUUGGUGUGGUUGGGGAGUUCGUGCUUCUGUAGAUAUCCCAUUUGGAACGUUUAUCGGAGAAUACGCAGGCGAAUUGAUUGAUGAUGACGAGGCCACUGAACGACACGAUUCAACGUUCCUUUUUGAAACCAGAGUGGGUCCCGAGACGUUGACUAUCGAUGCCAAGUAUUCUGGGAACUAUACAAGGUUCAUCAAUCAUAGUUGCUCUCCAAAUGUUAAGGUCGCCAAUGUAAGCUGGGAUUACGACGAGAUUCAACUUAUUCAUAUGUGCUUCUACACUGAUAGAUUGAUUAAAAAACGAGAGGAGCUGACAAUUGAUUACGGAGAGGCUUGGUGGGCGAAUAAGAUCUGUCGAGUUUGCGGAGCAAAUGCAGAGAAAUACAAUUACGGUGUGAUUUCCUGUAAUUCUUGCAGGAAUUUCUUUACUAAUUAUCAGGAAGAAUUUUUGAAAAAAUGUCGAGAGCUAUAUUUAUUAGACAAAACCAGACCGAUUGUUUUGGACCAAGAUGAUCGAAAAAUAAUGAUGAAGAUUCGGUGUACGUAUUAUGGAGAUUGUGAUAUAAAUGUGAUUACUCGAAGAAAGUGUGAUGGUUGUCGAUUGAAAAAAUGUUUGGAUGUUGGGAUGAAAUUGAAGACGAAGAGUGAAGUGAACGAGGAAGACGAUAGAUUGAAGAGGGAAAAGAACUACUUCGUCUCGCUGGAAAUGCUCGAAAACGUUGUCAGAGAACAAGAUGAGCUCCCGGCACUGAGUCAGGAGAUCCUAUCACUUCAUCAAAAACUAAUGGAUGAGCAAUCGAAGAGUUCGCAAACUGGAUCAUUUCCAUCUCCGUCUUCCUCGUCGUUUGGCUCUCAAAUCAAUCCGAUUCAUCCGAUUUACGAUCAAUUAGUUGGAAGUUUGCAACUUGAGAUUCCAACGGAAAGUGGAUUUCGAUGA